GACUGAACAACACUCAUGGCCUCAUGUUUGAGCUUAUCUUCAUACUCUUUAUGUGAGAAGAUAACAUCCAAAAAGUAUAUGAGAUGCAUAAAGAGGGAUUGCAUUAAAAGGCCUCAGGUAGUAUCUGCUGCAAAGAAAGAUGGUUUUGGCCUACGGGUUUUUGUGCUCUCGGACUUGCAUACAGACUAUCCCGAGAAUAUGGCAUGGGUGAGGAAUUUGUCUACAAAGAGGCAUGACCAAGAUGUUCUUCUUGUUGCUGGUGAUGUAGCAGAGACCUAUGAUAACUUCGUUUUGACCAUGUCUCUCUUGAAGGAAAGGUUUGAACAUGUCUUUUUUGUACCUGGAAACCAUGAUCUUUGGUGUCGUUGGGAGGCAGAAGAUCUUGAUUCACUUGAGAAGCUGAACAAAUUGCUUGAUGCAUGUAAACAACUUGGAGUUGAAACCAAUCCGGUUGUUAUAGAUGGUUUGGGUAUUAUUCCUUUAUUUUCUUGGUACCAUGAGAGCUUUGAUAGAGAGGAUGACAUUAUUGGUGUUCGAAUUCCAUCUUUGGAUAUGGCAUGUAAAGAUUAUCACGCAUGCAAGUGGCCUGGCAACCUUUCAAACAGGGACACCUCUCUUUCUUUAUACUUUGAUACGAUGAACGAAAAAAACCAGCUUACAGUGAAGCAGAUCCAGAGGACUUGUAGCCAAAUAAUUACAUUUUCUCACUUUGUUCCUAGGCAAGAGCUGUGUCCCGAGAAAAGAAUGUUGUUCUAUCCAAACCUCCCAAAAGUCAUUGGCUCUGAUUGGCUUGAGGAUCGUAUAAGGUCUAUACACGGGGUUGAAAGUAGUUCCUUUGCAUGUCAUGUGUUUGGCCACACACAUUUCUGCUGGGAUGCUAUAGUGGAUGGUAUCAGAUAUGUACAGGCACCGUUGGCAUACCCAAGAGAGAGGAAAAGAAGGAUGAAUGGAGGUGAGACUUGGUUGCCAUUUUGCAUUUAUUCGGAUGGGGAAUUUGCUGCCAAAGUUAUGCCUUGCUAUUGGUCUGAUUAUUAUGCCGUAAAUCCGAGAACCCCGAGUAACACUCAACUCGCACCUUGGGUUGCUAGGUUUUAUAAAUUAGUUUAGGAAAAACAUAGACACGCUUACACACUUUUAUCUUCUA